AAUAAUUAACAAAAGCCCGUGAAUAGAGUUUGGACCGAAAAGGUUAAUUUAUUCUGUUUUAAUGUGACGAAAUAGCUCUAGAAUUACUUUAACAGUAUACGCGUUUACAAACGCUUUCGAAUUAUUCAUUCACUUUUCACACAAAACACUUAUUUUAUAUAUAAUUUUAUAGGAAAGUUUCUACAAUAUAGAUUUGUUAAAUACAAAACCCGCUUUUGUUUAUUAUAAACAAAGAUAAGCUGAGCGAAUUUUAAAUAGUCUUUGCUCCACAGCGUAAAAAGUAAAAUAUGAUAUUUUGUCAACAGAAAGUGAUAAAAGAAAUGAAUCGCCUCGGAAUGCUGAUAGAUCUGUCACACGUGGGUGAAAAUACCACCAGAGCUGCAAUUAGGGUCUCCAAGGCUCCAGUAAUCUUCAGUCAUUCUUCAGUUUACAGCCUUUGUGCUCAUAAGCGCAAUGUUCCUGACGACAUCAUACAAUCUCUUAAAGACAAUGGCGGCAUCAUAAUGAUUAACUUCUUCCCGGAUUUCGUGAAAUGUGCACCGAACGCUACCAUCUCAGAUGUGGCAGAACACUUUCAUUAUGUGAAACGGAUGAUUGGAGCCGAUUACAUUGGAAUUGGAGGUGACUUCGAUGGAGUUAAUAGGUAAUUAUAACACUUGAACUUCGUCAGAAUAUAGUACUCGCCCAAUCUUUGACAUUGGCGUAUCUUUGCCUCUCUGAGCACGUAUCACGUGCCACGUGAUAUCACAAACCUGAAAUACGUU